GGGCUGGUGCGGCCUUAGUGGUUGUUUUCGUCGUCACCGCAAGCAAACAUCAGUAUUGUGAUACCAUGACCUUGGCGCGAGGGACCACAAAGGUCCGUGAAAUGGGUCACUCGGCAUGCGAAGCAAUGACGCUCUCACCGGUACUCGAUGAGUAUAUAGAGACUGGCUUCUCUGUCAGGUACUGUAACUAGCGGAAACAACUUCUCUCUCAGCGAAAAACCGACCCACCUUCGUCGAAUCUCUAGCAAUAUCUAAUUAGGACUCUAUCAUCGUCAUCCAGAUACCAGCAUGCGAAACUUGAAGAUAGCUUUCAACGGUCAUCGCUCGAUCCCCAUAGAUCGUCGAACUCUUUCUGCUUGGCUUCCCCAGCUCUCGUGGAUCCAAAGAAUGGAUGGAGAUGACCUGGUGGAUGAACUCGAAAGCCGCAUCCAAGAUCGUUAUGGAAUAUCGAGGCACCAUAUUGAGCGUACUCUCUCCGAGCUAUUCAGGAGACUUGGGCAGCACUCAGGCUUUGACGAACGGCAAACGCAAAUGCGUCUUGUUCAUGACCUGUCGAAUCUUUUGAUGAUUGAUUCCCGAACUGUUUCUCACAGCAGAGGUCUCCGAAGCUCGCGGUACAUGUUCAUCAUCUUGUCAUAUUUAGCGGCGGAACAAGGAUCCGUUCUGUUGGCUGAAGCGCUCUAUUACUUCUGGCUCCAAGACCAAUAUUUGAUAUCACAAGAGUCGUCGGCAUAUGACGAAGAUUGGGUGAAAGCUUUAGCGAAGGUGCGAGAGGCCAUGGAAGGACCUGCGACGAUGAACUUCGAGCCCUUCGCUAUGGUGCCACACGCUGGCUGGCAUCGCGGUCGCUCCGCUCGCGCCCUGGCGCCACCAUGGCGCGGCCAUAGGGCCCGGUCAUUGCCUGUCAUACGACGUCGCCACAGCCCAGACAUGCGCCUCGCCAUUCCAACGCAUCCGAGCUCUGGUUGGGCUUCGCCGAUGAUCUCACCUGUCAGAUAUCCCCGAGGUGAUUACUUCAACGAGCUCCAGAACCUUCAGUGGCAGCAAAGCGAAAUGAACAUGCAGUUGAGCAGCGUUGAUGGGAAAUUGGAUUUUCUGCUUGCUGGGGGUAUUUACUGAGUAAGAGCAACGUUUCUCUGGUGUCGACCAGAGGUUGCAUUGAUCUGCCAUUUGGUGAUAUUCUGUAUGAGGGAAUAUUGGAUUGACGGAAUGGCGAACGUUCGACUGCCGACAAUGACGAUCCGUUUUGUACCAUACGCGAGAGC